AUGGCUAUGCCCAAAACAUCCCAUGGUGAAAAUUCUGCAGGAGAGAGCGAAUUAAAGAGGUCCAGGUCACUUUCGAACUCCAUAAAGACGCUUUUCAAGUCGACCUCUCCCUCCAGGAAAACCACUGGUCCCGCUGAAGCCCAUGGUGGUCCAAAAUCUGGCGACAAACUCAUGAAACUUGCUAAGGGUAAAGAGCUUGAGCUUGGAGAAAAAAGAAGGGAAGCAGCGUUGCCUGCGAGGGGCGCGGAUACACCUCCAUUAGCGUCUCCUGCACCUGCUUAUAGGCCCCACAAUGCGCCAGGCCCAAAGGGAGUGAAGGGCCAUAUUUUAUCACACGACUUUGGCAAGCUCUCUCUUUCAAGGCAUAACAAUGCCGCCAACGGUGGUGAGAACUCGAAUGGCUCUCAAGAGUCCAUCAUAAGCGAGGAGGGAUCCGUCCCUAAGCCUGAUCAUCAAAGAAAGUCAUCUGGCAAAAGAUCCCCAAACGCGGAAUCUGGGACCGAAGGGAGCGACAGGGAAUUAUAUGACCCCGAAAGGUUAGAAGAGGAAAGCUCUAUUGAUAAUGAGCUCUCGAGGGAUCCAAACCAUGUUAGACGCGUUAAGAGUCUACAGCGUCAGAAAUCCGGAACAUCAGCAGCAUCCCGCUCGAGGUCAAUGUCACUCAGCUCUCGAUACAGAGCCCGGUCCCCUACCCAUACGGCGAGCCCCCUUGAUGAGCACUUUGAAUCCGAAUGCAAAUGCGUUCUUUCUACAGAGAAGUUUAAGUUAUAUGAGGACGGUCAUCACGAGCAUACUUUGAAAGUAACACCAAUUGUUUUGGAAACUCAUGACGAUGACGGGAAGGGAAAAUCCAUGUUCUCGCUAUCAGGGUUUUUCAAGGGCCAUAAAGAAGAUGAAAAGCUUGAGAGUGCUCUCUCGCUCCUGCCGAGGGCAAAUUUUGAUUUCCGCAAGCGGCUCAGUAGAAUCCUUGAUGAAGAGUUAAAUGACUCCAGUAGUGAGCCUGAAGAUGAGCAACAGAAAAAGGUCCCCAAGCCUGUCAACCCAAACGCAGCUAUUGGAACCGAAGAACUGCGCCUGAUAAACAAAAUAUCCAGAAAAAUUCACGAUGGCGGUGGCAAAGAGACCAGUGUAGAAGGUGCAAUGGCUAAGAAAAAUUAUACGCUCUUUCAAAAAUAUGGUAAACCAGUGGACAUAAUAGGACAGGGUGCGUACGGAGUAGUAAAGGUUUGCUGCAUCGAUAUAUCAAGUCUCGAAGACGAGAGAUCUUUGGAUGAAACCUAUUCUAAUGGCCAAAAGUUGUUUUAUGCUGUUAAAGAAUUGAAGCCUAAGAACGAUGAAGCCAGAGAAAAGUUUGGUACAAGGCUGACAUCCGAGUUCAUUAUUGGUCACUCCCUGAGUCAAAGAGGUAAUUCAACCCAGAAGGCACACCCCAAUAUCCUUAAAAUGCUAGACCUUAUGCAAACCAACGACGGAUUUGUGGAGGUUUUAGAGUUUUGCCCUUCAGGCGAUCUCUACAGUCUUUUGUCUUCAACCUCAAAGAAGGGACUGCAUCCACUGGAAGCCGACUGCUUUAUGAAACAACUUCUGCAUGGUGUACAGUACAUGCAUGAUCACGGUAUCGCGCAUUGUGACUUGAAGCCUGAAAACAUACUGUUUGGCCCUAAUGGCACGUUGAAGAUCUGCGAUUUUGGUACAAGCUGUGUAUUCCAGACAGCAUGGGAAAAGCAGGUCCACUUCCAGACAGGCGCUGUUGGCUCAGAGCCAUACGUAGCACCUGAAGAAUUUAUCGCCGAGAGAGAAUAUGAUCCCAGAUUGGUAGACUGCUGGAGUUGUGGUGUUAUUUACUGUACAAUGGUGCUAGGCCAUUACUUAUGGAAAAUCCCGUUGGUCGACAAAGACUCCGUUUAUAGGUCUUUUGUCGAGGAAGUCCGUGCUAACAGAGAAUUUGUUGCUUUCGAGGAGCUCAAGCAUGUUAAUGCAGAGGUAAACCGCUGCAGAAAGCUAUGUUUGUAUGCUGUGUUCCAAUGGAACCCAGAUAAAAGGACCAGCAUAGAAAAGCUACUGCAUAGCAACUGGAUGAAAAGAACGCGCUGUUGCGUAAAUUACAAGACAAUGAAAUAA